AUGGCCGCCGUCAAUGACCCCAUGGACCUCGAGUUGGGUGACAGCCCUACCAAGCUGAGCAACGAGACCGUUGCCCGUAAAACCCCCAAGAUCAUCGUCACGAAGUCGGGCUCCAAAAAACAAGGUACGCUCAGGAACCAGGAACCACAUCCCGUUUCAAAGUCAAUUCAUGCCAACAGCGCAAUAGACAACAAGACCCUGCGCGCCACCAAUCCCCAGCGCGUUACCAAGGCCUGGAAUACCAACAAGCUCGAGCGCAAAAUUGCCAAGCGCCGCUCUCGAUACCUUAAGGCACGUGAGGCCGUCGAGACCCUCACAACUACCCCUCCCAGCUCCGACGUCUCUGACUCCGAGCUGUCAACCACCAAGGCCCAGCGUACUCUUGCCGAGCGCCGCUCUCGGUACCUUGAGGCCCUUGAGGAGUGGGCCCUCCCAUUCACCCCUCCCAGCUCCGAUGUGUCUGACUCUGACGACGAGCUGUCAACCACCAAGCUGGAGGACGAGACCACGGCCACAGCCACCCCUGGUACCAACGACAUCGCCCAGGUGACACCGUGCACCCCCCCUUCCGAGGACGUCAAGUUCCUCGUCAACCCCAAGAUCAUUCUCCACGGCGAGACCUUCCGCUGGAACAAGGUCAGCGACGGUAUCUACCAGAAGGCCGAUGUGCUCAAGAAACCCAAGAUCGUCCUCCACACGGCGACCUUCCGCUGGGAGAAGCUCAGCGACGGCACCUACAUGAAGGUCAACAGGGUUUAG